GAUUUGUCUUUUUUUUUGUGUGAUUUUCCUCUUUGGUUUUUCUUUUGUUGGUUUGGCCACUUUCAGUCUAAUGCAAGCGAUUUACAGAGUGAUGAAGAAUCUGUUCUUCUUUUCUCUCUCUCUCUAGAACACAAGUAGCAGAUAAAAGACUGGGGAAAUUUUCCUUUUUUUUUUUUUGCCCACUAGAGUUCACUUGAUGGAUUAGUGAAACUAAUUUGAUAGUGUGAUGCAUGAAAUCGUGUAUGGCCAUGGGAAGGGAAAUAUUUGUUUUUUUUUAACCAUCUUUUCUUAAUAUUUGCAUGGAAUUUGAAAAGGAAGAGGAGGAGGAUCUCUCUGCCGUACCAAAAAAGAAACAUUUUCUUUUGUUUAGCUAGUUGGGUAACAUCAAUGAAGUAUUUAUUCACAUUGCAGGUAGAACUAGCUCUGUAAUUUCGAAAUUAAUGGUUGACUAAUGAUGCUGCAAGAUGGUUAUUAUGGAUCUGUACGGACGAGCAAACCUUCAAGAUCAAAAAUUUCUUUUGGAGCAAACCAGCUGGGGCUUAGAGAAGGCUUUGGAGGAAUGGAAUUAACUUGUUCCUCUGAAGAAAGUAACUCAAAAGAGAAUUCUGUAAAUUCAUCUUCAUCUCCAAUAGAAAGUUCAGGACCUUUUGUGUACUACCCAACUCCACCUGCCACCAAGGAUGAUGCAGGUAACAGUAGUGAUCAUGAAAAACCAAAUGCGCACAGCGAAAAAUCAUCCCAACCAGUCAUUUUGAAAUACUCUAAUGGACUGACAGAUCAUGUUGGUUGCAUGGAUUCACCUUCAUCGAUCGUAGAAAGGUCCCUCCUUGAUUCAACAAAGCCCCACAUGGAAUCUAACUCUGCAACAGAUGCAAUUCCUGAAAUUCUCUCUAAUUCAGGACUAAGUGAGGCAUUCAACCACUCGGUAAAGGAUGAGGCAGAUGGUUCUUCAGAAGAUGCCCUUGAGGUGAACCAUUUGUCUGACAAUGUCUCAGCUGGUGCUGAAACUAUGUUGACAGAUGAAAUGAAUUCUAAAGAAGACAGGAUAGAUCAGAAAAAUGUUGCUGUAAAGCCAAAAAUGGUAGAAGAACAAGGAGCGGCACCUGAAAGUCCAUAUAAAGGCCUUAUUGACACCGCUGCACCUUUUGAGUCUGUUAGAGAAGCUGUCACCAAGUUUGGAGGAAUUGUUGAUUGGAAAGCCCACAAAGCUCAAAUGAUGGAGAGGCGCAAGUUCAUACAACUUGAACUUGAGAAGGUUCAAAAGGAAAUUCCACUCUAUAAAGAGGAACUAGAAGCUGCUGAGAUGGUUAAAUCACAAGUAGUCAAUGAACUAGAGGACACCCGGAGAAUUAUUGAGGAACUGAAGCAUAAUCUUGAGAAAGCACAGGUUGAAGAAGUUCAGGCAAAACAGGAUUCUGAGCUUGCACUACUUAGAGCGCAAGAAAUCGAGCAAGGAGUAGCUGACGAAGCUAGUGUGAUAGCCAAGACUCAAAUUGAAGUUGCCAAAGAAAGGCAUGAAAAGGCUAUUGCUGAACUAAACUCGGUGAAAGAGGAGCUGAAAACAGUACAUGAGCAGUAUGUUACCUUAAUCAAUGAAAGGGACACAGCUAUCAAAAGGUCAGAGGAAGUUAUUUCUGUUGGGAAGGACAUUGAGAAGCGAGUGGAGGAACUGACGCUGGAACUGAUUGCAUCCAAAGGUUCUCUUGAGUUGGCGCAUGCUGCACAUCAUGAAGCAGAAGAACGUAGAAUUGGUGCAGCAUUGGAGAAGGAGGAAGAUUGCGUUGCUUGGGAUAGAGAGUUGCAACAGGCACAAGAGGAGCUUCAGCAACUCAACAAUAAGCUUCUGUCCAAAAGUGAUGUGAAGCAGAAUCUAGAUACAAAUUUACGCAGGCUGCGUAGCCUCAAGUCAGAGCUGGCAACUUAUGUACAAAAUGUAAUUAGUGAAGAAGCUGAAGGACUUGUGAAAGAACAUGGGCCUGAUGAUGCUCAACAAAUUAGUGGUCCAGUUAAGGAAGCUCUAGCUUCAGCACAGAAGGAGCUUGAAGAGGUUAGAGCAAACAUAGAAAAGGCAAAAAAUGAGGCCAAAUUGUUCAAACUUGCAGCCACAACCCUCAGAUCAGAAAUGGACAAUGAGAAAUCUUCACUUGUUGAAUUGCAGCAGAGGGAAGGUAUGGCAUCUAUUGCAAUCUGUGCACUAGAAGCUGAGCUCAAUAGGACGAAACAAGAGAUAGAAUAUGUAAAGUCUAAAGAAGAAGAUGCUCAAGAGAGGAUGGUAGAACUUCCUAGGAUCUUGCAGGAGGCAGCUCAGGAGGCUGAGGACGCGAAGAUGGUAGCUUUCUCAGUACAAGAGCAGGUGAGGAAGGCAAGGGAAGAAACCGAGAAAACCAAAACAGCUGCAGCCACAGUAAAUACCAGGUUAAGUGCUGUUCUGAAAGAAAUAGAUGCAUCCAAAGCAUCCAAGAAGCUAGCGUUUGCGGCGGUUCAAGCAUUGCAAGAAAGUGAAGAGGCAGGAGAUGAUGAGAAUUCUCCCAGAGGAGUGACACUUCCUCUGAGCGAGUAUUACACCCUUAGCAAGAAAGUGCAUGAAGCUGAACAGCUGGCACAUGAGAGUGUCACAGAAGCACUGGCACAGGUGGAGUCGGCAAAGGCGUCUGAAUCAAAUAGCCUAGAGAGACUAUGUGAAGCAUCCAAGAGGAUGAAUGAGAAGAAGGAAGCUCUUGAAAGAGCAUUAGAGAGAGCUGAGAGAGCAAACCAAGGGAAACUAACUGCUGAGCAGGAACUGAGGAAAUGGAGAGCUGAUCAUGAGCAGCGCAGGAAAGCUCAAGAAGCCGCGAAACGGGCAGUUAACCCUUUGAGUAGCUCACCUAAGAGAAUUGUUGAACAGAAGGAUUCUUUCUACAAAGAGUUCUCAGGUAAUAGUUAUGAGGACCUUGUUCCGAAUCGGAAGCUGCGGAGGAAGAAAUCUUUCUUCCCACUAAUGGGCUCUCUUUUAUCCAGAAAGACUCGGGCAUAAACAUAGCAGAAGAUAACAAGGUCCCAGGUCUUGGGCAGUUUUAUUUCUGUACAUUGCUGUAAUAAGUUAAUUUAAUUGGUCUUGAAAUUUGGUGUCUAACUUAAGUUUUGAUUUAAUUUGUUGGUGUAAACAACCAGAGGGCGUAUAGUGGUGUGUUUAUAACAAUUUUUUGGGUUACUUUGGAUAAAUUCUGCAAAGAAAUGUGCAUUCCUUGAGUGUAGCUAUGUUCUGUAAUCUCCUCAAACUGGAAAGGAUCUGACUAGUGGCAUAUUUCUGUUGGGUAUAAUAUUGUUCUGUGUAAUCUUCCUCCCAACUGUGUGCCUCAGUUAUCUUUUGUGAA